AUGUUUGCACAAAGCCUUAGUCUCAGUGUGUUAAUUGGACACGUUCCUCCACUCGGUGGUGGUGACGGUGAUGGAGGUGGUGGCAGGGGCUGCGAUGGUGGUAGCAUUGGUGGUGUUGAUUGCGGUGGUGAUAUUGGUGGUUGUGAUGGUGGUGAUACUGGUGCAAACGGUGGUGGUGCUAAUGGUGGUCGAAUUGGUGCAAAUGGUCUUGUUGGUGCAAAUGGUGGUGGUGCUAAUGGAGGUCGUGUUGGUGCAAAUGGUGGCGGUGGUGAUGAUGGUGGAUGCAUUGGUACAGUUGGUGGUUUUGAUGGUGUUACCAUUGGUGGCGAAAUUGGUAAACAUGGCGGUGUGGGUGGUGGCACUGAAGGCAUUGGGGCGAUGGUUGGUGGUAUUUUAUGA